AUGCUGGUGGCCGGCUUCCUGCUGGCGCUGCCACCCAGCCGGGCUGCAGGCACACCGAGAGUGGGUAGGCGCCCGGCGCGGCAACGGAGCUGUGCGGACCGGCCCGAGGAGCUUCUCGAGCAGCUGUACGGGCGGCUGGCGGCCGGCGUGUUCGGCGCCUUCCACCACACCCUGCAGCUGGGGCCCCGCGAGCAAGCGCGCAACGCGAGCUGCCCGGCAGGGGGCAGGCCGGCAGACCGCCGCUUCCGUCCGCCCACCAACCUGCGCAGCGUGUCGCCCUGGGCCUACAGAAUUUCCUACGACCCCAAGAGGUAUCCGAAGUACCUGCCCGAAGCCUACUGCCUGUGCCGGGGCUGCCUGACAGGGCUGUUCGGGGAGGAGGACCUGCGCUUCCGCAGCGCCCCGGUCUACGUGCCCACCGUGGUCCUGCGCCGCACGGCCGCCUGCGCUGGGGGCCGUGCCGUCUACGCCGAGGACUACGUCACCAUCCCGGUGGGCUGCACCUGCGUCCCCGAGCAGGAGAAGGACGCAGACAGCCUCAACUCCAGCAUCGACAAACAGGGCACCAAGCUCCUGCUCAGCCCCCACGAUGAGCCGGCCCGCCCCUGAGCUGGCU